AGAAGAGGCGCAGAGCGUGCGUGCCGCUGCGAGUGACUCGUCGCGCGUUUUGUGACUUCGUCAAGGAAGAGAUCCUCGGCAGAGAUUCCCAGGCCAUCCUCCCCGGAGCGAUCCUCGAGGAACGAUGAACGGAACGAUGGCCAUGGCACCGACGUCGCAAAACAGUGCGGAGCCGCCGGUGAAGAAGAGCAAAGUGGAAGGAAAUGCAUCAGAGUUCUUACCAGGUCCCAUAUAUGAUCUCAAUCAAAUUGGCCAAGUCGUGGCUGGACCUGGCGCUAAAUAUCUGACACUGCCUGGAAUAUUAGGAGCUGGCUUACCGAAAAUUUCAUCCGAGCAACAGGACACUGUAAACCGGGCGAAGAAAUAUGCGAUGGAGCAAAGCAUUAAGAUGGUCCUCAUGAAGCAGACCCUGGCCCAUCAGCAACAGCAAAUGGCUAGUCAACGGAAUCAGGUGCAAAGACAGCAGGCUCUCGCUCUCAUGUGCAGGGUUUAUGUGGGCAGCAUCAGUUUUGAAUUGAAAGAAGACACGAUCAGGCAAGCUUUCUUGCCAUUCGGACCGAUCAAGUCCAUCAAUAUGUCUUGGGAUCCCGUUACGCAGAAACACAAGGGCUUCGCCUUUGUCGAAUACGAGAUACCCGAGGCCGCGCAACUUGCUUUGGAACAAAUGAACGGUGUCAUGAUCGGUGGCCGCAACAUCAAGGUCGUGGGACGUCCGUCCAAUAUGCCACAAGCGCAGUCGGUGAUCGACGAGAUCACCGAGGAGAGCAAACAUUACAACCGCAUUUAUAUCGCGUCGAUACACCAAGACCUCACGGAGGAUGACAUAAAGUCGGUUUUCGAGGCGUUCGGGCCGAUCACGUACUGCAAACUCGCGCAGGGUAGCUCGCCGCAUCGGCACAAGGGUUACGGCUUCAUCGAGUACGAGACGAUGCAGGCUGCGCUGGAGGCGAUCGCCUCCAUGAACCUGUUCGACCUGGGUGGCCAGUAUCUGAGAGUGGGCAGAGCCAUAACGCCGCCGAACGCGCUCAUGGGACCACCCAGCGGCACCAGCAUGAUGCCGACCGCGGCCGCGGUGGCCGCGGCGGCCGCGACGGCGAAGAUUCAGGCGAUGGACGCGGUCGCCAGUAACGCGGUCGCCUUAGGUCUCACUAAACUCGGAGCCACCGCGCCGCCGAUCCUAAAUCAAACACUUCCUGGCGUGGUACGACCUACCAUAGCGCCCGCAACAAUAAUGGCGCCGCCGACGGUAGCAACGGUAGCGCCAGUGAUACCUCCACCUGGCAUCGCCAUACCGCAAACCUUAACGCGGCCGCCCGCGAUUAUCCAACCGAUUCCCGGCCAGCCGGUUGUCAUACCACCUCCCGCUGUCGUCGCGCCUACGAUCGUCGGCACGCCAGUUAUACCAGUCACAACGACCGCGAAUUCGGAUGUCAUGAGGCGAGCGCAGGAACAGGCGGCUCAUCAAAAGCAGCAGGAAGAGUUGCAGAAGAAACUAUUGGAGGAGACGGAACCACAGACGCUGCAGCAGCAGGAAAAUAUGUCGAUCAAGGGCCAAAGCGCGCGUCACCUCGUGAUGCAGAAGCUCAUGCGUAAAGUCGAGUCCCGAGUCGUUAUUUUGAGAAAUAUGGUGGCGCCGGAGGAUGUGGACGAGACCCUGCAGGAGGAGAUUCAGGACGAGUGCUCCAAGUUCGGUGUGGUCGUGCGGGUUAUCAUUUAUAAGGAGAGACAGUCCGAGGACGACGAGAACGCGGAGGUCAUCGUAAAGAUAUUCGUCGAAUUCGCCGAAAUGAACGAAGCGGAACGCGCAAGAGAUUCGCUAAACGGUCGUUACUUCGGCGGACGGCUGGUUAAGGGCGAGCUGUACGAUCAAGCUCUAUUUGAUAAUAAUGACUUUUCCGGUUGAUGCGCCCUCGUUUUUGGUAUCCGAUUACGUUUUUAUCAAUUAAAAUUCGUAUAAAAGGAAAUUUGACAAAAUUUAACGUUGACUGAUAGCCUUGAUCUUCGUUGUUUAAGCUACUAUUUAUAAUGUGAGAUCCUCGUAGUCCUCACGCGUUGAGCAGUCGAAGUCAAAUUAUUACACGCGAUAACACGGCUCUAAUCGCAAAGUUCGUAGCGUGACCAGGUCGCGAAGUGUCGAAACGGCACGACUUGCAAGCAGAAAGCUGUACAAGUUUGUCAAAUGUGAUUUAGAAUGUCUCGCGUACAUUCGACUCUUUUUUUUCAUCCUCCCCACAUUUUAAACGAAACUUUAUAUACUCGAUCACGUAUGUUAUUAGUUUCAGUAUCACGGGCCAACGCCACAAUUGCAAACUAGAGUCGUAGUAUCUCGAGAAAUAUUUCGUACACCUACCCAGUAUAUAGUACCUUUGUUAUGAUUUUGUCGAGAUUGUAUAUGAAAGCGGUAGAUCUUAAUUUACUUAAUUGUAUAGAAAAAAAAUAGACUUAAUAAAUCAUUUUACAUAUACA